GAUGGGAGAUGGGGACCCAGGCGGUAAAUGGCCCGAGUAGGAGUCCCCUGAGGGGAGGCUCAGAGGAUAGCUCUCUGCUCUCCCAUGGCUCUUUCCUAAGUUGGCAUCUGACCCCAGGCCCUACCCUGGGGUGUCGCCAGCUGGCGCCACCUUGUCUACUGCGGCCCAGCGUUCGGCCCCCUUCCCCCGGCCCCCCCUUCCCCAGAUGGGCAGAAAGGGGCCCAUCUGCCUAUACUCUCCCUAUCCCAGACCAAGCCAUAACCCCUUCCAUACGUGGGGAAACCCAUCCCAGGGGAGGAGGGGGUCUUCAGGGGGAAGGCUGGGAGGCUGGGGACUGUGGACUGGUUAAAUCUGACAAUAUCUUUAUCUUCUCUUCCUGGAACCCUCCUCCUCUUCCCACCCUGCCCAGCUGUCCAGGCCCUGGCGGCUCCUGGUACAAGGCUGAGAGGCCUCAGGGGAGGGAAGAGAGCCGUCCCCUUGGGUGGCAAACAAAAGCCCUUCUUUUGCUGUGGCCAUUGGUGGUGGGGGGGGGGCUUGGCAGGAGAAGGAGCUCUUCAGGGAGGGGCACACGUGCCUCCAGGGACCUGCACUCCCCGAGGACCCCAGACAGCUCCUCAGCCCCGCGCCCGUGGACGGUUCAGCUCACCCUCGAGUGGCACAGGAAUCCCAGGCCUCUCAAGCUCACCAGCACCCCUCAGACACGCGGGGAUGCGGGACGAUGACAGCGACAUGCACAGGUUGUUCAAGGGACGCGGGUGGAGACACGCCAGCCAGGACAGCUGCUGAGGCCCCCUGCAGUGCACGCCAAGCCCUGCUGCCCAGCACGUGUACAAUUGAACUGCUUGCACUGGUGCAUGCGUGUGAAGAUCUCACGAUGGACUCUAGGGUCUCUGAGCCCCGGGAGCAGGACCUGACAGAGGCAGGGGCAGAGCAGGAACUGCGGUGGUUGGAGCUGGGCUCCGAGGACGCCCCAGGAGCUGGGACAGAGGGGCCCAGCGCCCCACAGGCCUGGGGGCGCCUGCUGCAGGCCGUGUGGAGGGGUCACCUGGGCCUGGUGACUCGGCUGCUGCGGCAAGGGGCCAGUGUGGAGGAGAGGGACCGCGCGGGCAGGACCCCGCUGCAUCUGGCCGUGCUGCGCGGCCACGUGCCGCUGGUGCGUCUCCUGCUGCAGCGCGGGGCCCGGGCCGUAGCCGCAGACCGCGCGGGGCGCACGCCACUGCACGAGGCCGCCUGGCACGGGCCCUCGCGGGCGGCCGAGCUGCUCCUACGGCGCGGGGCGUCGGCGAACGCGCGGUGCGGGGCCGGCCUCACGCCGCUGCACUGGGCCGCCGCGCUGGGCUGCACGCUGCUGGCCAGGCGCCUGCUGGAUGCACCGGGCCUGGGCCCCGCGGCGGCGGACGCGCGCGGCUGGAUGGCGGUGCACUGGGCGGCCGCGGGCGGCCGGCUGCCGGUGCUCGAGCUGCUGGCGGCGGGCGGUGGCGCGGGCCUGGACGGCGCCCUGCUCGUGGCGGCCGCGGCCGGGCAGUCGGCAGCUCUGCGCCUCCUCCUGACGCACGGGGCGCGGGUGGACGCCCGGGACGGCGCGGGAACCACGGCUCUGGGCGUCGCGGCCGACCUGGGCCGCCAACAGGACAUGGAGAUGCUGCUUGAGCACGGGGCCGACCCAGGCCUCAAGGACAGGCACGGCCGCUCUGCACUCCACAGGGCUGCUGCUGGUGGACAUCUGCUCGCCGUCCAGCUGCUGGCCGCCUGGGGAGCGGAGGUGGACGCUCGGGACACAUUGGGCUUCACCCCCCUGCACCACGCUGCCCGGGGAGGCCACAUGGAGGUUGCCGGCCACCUCCUGGCCAGGGGCGCGAAGGUCGACGCUGCUGGCUGGCUCCACAUGACCCCCCUGCAUCUUGCCGUGGAGCGUGGCCACGGCUCCACUGCAGGGCUUUUGCUGAGCCGAGGGGCCAGCCCCACCGGGAGGACGCAGUGGGGGGAGGUGGCCCAGGACCUGGGGCCUGCCGUCUGUGGAGAGCAGGAGGAGCCCUAGGGGCACAGGGCCCCAGGGCUGCAGGGCCAGAGCAGGACCAAAGGCUCCAGGCUCCCACGGCCUUCGGGGCGUGCAGGCUCCUCUCUGCUGGUC